UAUUUCACGUUUUCAUUCACGUCCAUUUCAUUAAUACAUAACACCACCCAACCUUCCAACUUUUUUAUGCCUCCCCCUACUCCAAUCCUUUAUCUCUAUAAAUUUAGAUAUCAUUUGCAAAUUGCAAACUCCCCAACACCUCGUCUUUCUUGCUUUUCUUUUUCUCUUUUAAAUGUGUCCCCAAACACGGACGUUUUAUUGCCUUUCUAUAUAGGAUUUUCUUAGUAUUAAUAAAGUAAAGUACUGUCUAAUCACCAUCAUCAUCAUACUUUGCUUUGUAUUAUAGCUCGAGAUAAUCAGACACCUUAUUGGAAAAAAUUAAAAACCUAAAGAAAACAGAAAAAAGAAACUAGUAAUGAAUAAUCCCAAAGAUUGGCCAGAACCCAUUGUGCGGGUACAAUCUUUAUCAGAUAGUGGCAUCUCCAAAAUUCCAGAUAGAUAUGUGAAGCCACCAACGGAGAGGCCAAUAUCAUUAGGCAGGUCCAACCAGCUGCAGACUGAUGUUAACAUCCCGAUCAUUGAUCUUCAGGGAUUGUUUAACGAUGAAAGCAGAAGUUUUAGUGGUCUUACAUCAUCAGUAGUUGAGCAGAUAUCAGAGGCAUGUAGGAACUGGGGUUUCUUCCAGGUGGUGAACCACGGGGUUCCUCCAGAGCUCAUGGACCAAGCCACACAAGUAUGGCGAGAAUUCUUUCACCAGCCCAUGGAAGUGAAGCAGUCUUAUGCCAAUUCACCCAAGACGUACGAAGGUUAUGGCAGCCGCCUUGGUGUAGAGAAAGGUGCUAUUCUGGAUUGGAGUGACUAUUAUUUUCUUCACUAUCUUCCUUGUUCAUUGAAAGACCAGAAAAAGUGGCCUGCUCUUCCUGUUUAUUUAAGGGAAGUAAUUGAAGAGUAUUCAAAACAAGUGGUGAAUUUUGGGGGGCGUUUAAUGAAGGUAUUAUCAGCAAAUCUUGGAUUAAGAGAGGAUUACUUGCAAGAUGUAUUUGGAGGGGAAGAUAUUGGAGCAUGUUUAAGAGUUAAUUUUUACCCAAAAUGUCCACAACCAGAUUUAACCUUAGGUCUUUCUCCACAUUCGGAUCCUGGUGGCUUAACCAUUCUUCUCCCUGAUCAGCACGUCGCCGGCCUUCAAGUUCGCCGCGACGGCGACUGGAUUACUGUAAAACCAGCUUCGCAUGCUUUCAUCGUCAAUAUUGGUGAUCAAAUUCAGGUACUAAGCAAUGCUAUUUACAAAAGUGUAGAGCAUAGAGUAAUCGUGAAUUCAGCAGACGAACGAGUUUCCCUUGCAUUUUUCUACAAUCCCAGCGGUGAUUUGAUGAUAGAACCAGCUAAAGAGUUGGUGACACAACACAAUCCUCCAUUGUAUCCACCAAUGACUUUUAAUGAAUAUAGACUCUACAUGAGGACAAAGGGCCCUCAAGGAAAAUCACAGUUAGGGGAGUCCCAAAAAUCCUCAAUAUGACUGCAAAAAUAUCACUAAUUAACUGAGGUAAUUACUAUGAACAGUCACCGGCAUCCGAGAAAGAAUAGAAGAAUGGGUCCUAUUAUGAGUUAUACAAUAUAUUAUAUAAGUAUGAUCAUGAUCAUUUCUUGUGGACUCAUUUAGAAUAAUUCUGAUCUAGUUCAUGGCCUAUUUGAAGUAGAAGGCGCUCAGGAGGGAUCUUCACCGACAAAAAAAGAUUACUGAAUCUUUAUCAAGAGGAGUCUCAUUCUGUAUUCAACGCCUUUUUUUUUUUUUUUUUUGUUAAAUUUAGAUGGUGAUCAAUUGUCUUUAUGCCGAUCUAAAAUGAAUUGUAAAUCCUGCUGUUUAAUUAGCAACAGACGAAUAUAAUUAAUAAAGAAGCUGUUAAAUGAAAUAAAUGGAACUGAUAAGAAGUUUUGGCCCUGAUUUA